UGGUCAGAUGCAGUCGGCUGUAAACGGAGGAAGGACACGGAAACUGACCGCUCGGAUGUUGAAAAGUGCCUCAUAUUUAUUCGUUACUAUCACCUGAAAUUGUGAAUGACGAGCUUCUCGGUGCGGUACUGCCCGGUGUCCAUGGUUACAUCACGUUUUAACGGCCAGGACUCUCCCGAGGAAGUGGAGAAACGAGAGAAACUCUGCGAAGGAGAAACAUAUUUUGUUGAGAUUUCAUCGUACCCACCUGUCAUCCCGCUGCAUUUGUGCCUCUGACAUUUGUAAUUAUCGCCCAUGGAUGUGGCACAUUUCUGAGCCUGAAGGAUGACAUCGGAGGCUGCGGUCUCCACAUCUGCCAUCAGCAGCUCACCUGCCCAAAGGGACUACCACUUUCUGCGCUCCUUCGUAGCUGGCGGUGUUGCAGGAUGCUGUGCAAAGACUACCAUCGCUCCUCUGGACAGAGUCAAAAUUCUCCUUCAAGCCCAGAAUGCCCACUACAAACAUCUAGGAGUGUUUUCCACUCUCAAAGCUGUGCCACAGAAAGAAGGCUUCCGUGGCCUGUACAAGGGUAAUGGGGCAAUGAUGGUCAGGAUAUUCCCUUACGGCGCCAUCCAGUUCAUGGCCUUUGACAAAUAUAAAAAGCUUCUAAGUAAACAGAUCGGGAUCUCCGGACACAUCCACCGCCUCAUGGCAGGAUCUAUGGCAGGGAUGACUGCAGUAAUAUGCACCUACCCUUUGGAUAUGGUCCGAGCCCGACUGGCCUUCCAGGUGACAGGAGAGCAUCGCUACACUGGAAUUGCCAAUGCCUUCCAAACCAUCUACCUUAAGGAGGGCGGCAUCUGGGGCUUCUAUAGAGGACUUACUCCAACACUUAUUGGAAUGGCCCCUUAUGCAGGUUUCUCAUUCUUCACCUUCGGCACCCUGAAAAGCCUCGGCUUGAAACAUUUCCCCGAGCAGCUGGGACGCCCCUCCUCAGACAACCCUGAUGUUCUCAUUCUGAAAACCCACGUUAACCUCCUCUGCGGAGGGGUCGCUGGUGCCAUCGCUCAGACAAUAUCGUAUCCUUUGGAUGUGGCGAGGAGAAGAAUGCAGUUAGGAGCCGUGCUUCCUGACUCUGAGAAAUGCGUAUCCCUGAGGAAGACCCUGAUGUACGUGUAUAACCAGUAUGGGAUCAAGAAGGGAUUGUACCGAGGCCUUUCUCUCAACUACAUCCGCUGUGUCCCCUCGCAGGCCGUGGCCUUUACCACCUAUGAGUUCAUGAGGCAGACCCUCCACCUGAACUAGUCGCAAUUUUUUUUACGCCUUUCGAGUCUGCCUCUGGGUCUGUGCACUCCAAGUCAUUACGCAGAUCGACCACAAUGCUUCCAUCGUAGAGCACUAUAACGCGCUCCAUCUUAAAGUCUUCAGCAUGAGAAUUGCCUUUUCCAUGAGUUCAGUGAAGGCACUGGGGUUAGUAAAUGCUGAAAAAGGGAGCUGGAUAUCAGAGAGAUUUACUAAAACACGACGUGGCUUAAAUUUGGCUCGGGGCAGCGAUAUGCUCUUUAACAUUACUGGCAACAGCACAACAACCGUCUGAUUGUUUGAAAACCCCCUCAUUCCUACAGACACUCUCGUACUCUCACUUGUCUUUUUCGGUCUAUCUCACGAUGUCGAUGAGAUUUUAAGACUGACAUCAACUUAAUAUGAUUAAAUUAGCUUUUUUUUUCCUUAUCAAUUUCUUUACAAGGAAGGGAACUCAGUGGUGUGCAAUUCUUUAAAUAGUAUAUCACUAAAUUCUACAGCUACUUUUUUUUUCUUUAAUUAUUCAUCAUAUCUUUUUACAGACUUGGUGAUAAAAGGUUGGGCUGUUGUUGAAAUGUGGCUGGAGUUUUAAAAUAAUCUGAUGAUUUAUAUUGUAUAUUUAAGUCGUCUUAAAAUCUACAGUGCAGAUUUGGGUUGCAGUGACUUUAGGAGAAGCUGCUGUUUGUGUGUAUUUGCCUUGUCCUCUACACAGAUCGAAAAUUAAUAUAACACAAUUAACCUGCAGGUUUUAUAUUUUUAAGAUGCAGUGACCGGGGUGGCACAUGAUUUCAGUUUAACACAGUGUUUAUUGCCAAACCUUGAAACAGAGCAGUUACUGUUUGGAUUUUCAUUUGCUUGUUUGUUGCUGUAUUUUUCAGUUGCUUGUUUUUUUUUUAUGUUGGUUAAUUUUCGCUCAUAUUUUUCUGUAGCCUAGAUGAUACUGAAACAUGUUAAUUGUUUCUGAGAUGUGAUCAGAAAGAUAUUUUGAGUUUUGACAUAAUUUGGAUGUAGGUCUGACAUGUCUGGAGGGAUGUAAAGGGACUCAGGAGAAAUUUGCACUUCAUCACUAUUGCUUUUUCUUCUUUUAUUUAUUGAUUUAACAACUUGUUGCCACUGGGUGGCAGCAUUGAAUAUAAAUUGUAUUGUUUACUAUUAGAAGUGGACACAGUCAUAUACAUUUCAUACAUCUGUAUAGGCAGAUUAGAUUGUUUUCUGUUUUGCUGAACAAAAGUUGUCUGAUAGUGAUAUAAUAUAUGCAGUGUUUUUACCCCCAUUUUUGACUACUCAUUAGAGCUACUGAAUGGCUUUUUUUGCAUUAUUAAGCCAGGAGGGCUGACAUUAAAGUGGAAACAGACAACUUUAAGUUUUCUCCCUCUAGCUUUUCAAAGAAGUUUUUGUUGCAAAGUCAACCGGAUUGCUUUCCAUUUUCCUCAGAGUCCAGCAACUACCACAGCUUCUACAGGUACUUUGGUUGUUGCACAUUCGGCCAUUUCUGUCACUGGUGAUAAUAAGUGCAAAGAACUAACAGUUAUACUCUGUAGUAACUGGAGAUAGCUACCCUUAGCUACUGAGGAAACAAAAGAGCUAUCCUCUUUGUGUUUUGGUUGCUCAGCAGUUGAUGCUCUUCUUUUGUGCCAUAAACUGAGCCUUUAAUUUCUCUGGAGAUCGUACCCCCGGGCAAGACAGCAUGGCAUAGUGAAAGCGAGGCUUUUAGUGAACCAAUCUAAAUGCUGAUGGUGUCAUUAUUUUAUAAUCAUUACAUUGUGCAAUCGUUUGCUUCAUAAUAAUGAGUUAAAGCAAGAAACUUGUCUAUUUCCACUUUAAUUACUGAAAGAAAGCGAUGUUUAAUCACUUUUGUUCUCGAUGUUUACGUGAGCCUCGUCAGUUUGUUGUAAAAGCAUUCUCCUUUCUUCAGCCUCUUGCCUUCCUCUUUAUUUAAUGUCUUACUUCACAGAGUGAAUAAUAUGUUUGAUUGGAGCGUCUUCACAUGCUUUCCGCUGAUGCCUACUUUUUAGAUGACUGUAUAUGAAUGGGGGGAAUAGCAAAAAGCAGAUGUUUCCAAUCUUUUUGGCUUCUGACCCUCUGAAAUGAAGCAGUAUUUACAAAUGACCUCUCAUCACAGUUUGCAUAUAUCUACCAGAGUGAUUCUUUUCUCUCUGAACCUCUCAGAUUAUCUCAUUUUAAUGAUGGCUGGAGGUGGUGAAAAUCUUCUAACUACAGAGUAUACUUAAACUGAUAUUGUUUUUUUUGUGGGGGCUUACUUUAGGUGGUGAUAAACGAAUCAAUUAAAGCAGAGUUUGCUCAGCGCCGUUUGAUUAUAUGUUGUUGACACGGCAAUUUUCUACCCGAAAGUUAUUCUGAAUGAACAUUGUGAUUCGGUCUAUAGCAGCUAGUGGAACGAGUCAGACGUACUUCUGUCAAUGAAUUGAUUCUCCCCUAGUCCUUGUACCCUAUUACAAAAACAGUAGUCCAAUUAAAAUGGCCUAAUUUAGCUAUAUCCGUAGCUUUACUUUUCUUUGCAUGAAAACAUACUGACUGUUGGAUGAAGGCGGAAUUUGAAAAGACUUCUGUUGUUUCAUAGCAGCUCCUCAGUUGAAUGAUAACCAUCCAUCAACCACUUCAAAAAACACUGGACUGUAGACUUGCAUGACUGAAAUUGCUACCCAGAUAGCUCACAGAACACUGAAAGCAAAACAUUUUCUGUUCAACGUGUUGAAAAUGAACAAAAGCCUAAAAAUCUCAGAACAUGUAACUCUUUCAAAUCACUAUGAAAACUGUGAGGAAACGAGAGACUUGCGUGUAACUCUUGAUUGCCGAAUGCAAGUAUCAAUAAAAGCAAUAUAGUAUCCAACUGCGCCCACCUGCCUGUGCUUAAGAGCAUAAUCACACACACUCAGCGGUGAUAAGUGGAGCUACCACUAUGAAAACAAAAUAAAGUAUUCAGUCACAUUUCUGCUUUUUAUUGCACCACUCAUUCAUCUACAGUGCUACUGUGCUUUCAAACUUACUGCUGUGUUUAUUUUGAUUUCUAAAGUCUCCUAUCAAUCUUUGAUAAUGGAUUUCUGCUGUUCCUGCUGCUCACUGCAACAGAUGAAAGAAAGGAAGAUAUUUAUAUAUGUAAAUGUAUGUAAUCUGUACUGCUUAGAUGUGACCGAAAGAAGAUGUAUCAUUUUGAGAAUGACUGAACAAUGGACAAUGCCUUUUUUAAAAAAUGUUUGUCUUAUUUUCUGGAGUUGCACAUGUUCAGUUUUGCCUACCUUGCUGAAUUACAAUACAUGUCACGUUCUUAAAAAGCACCAACUCUUAUAUCUUUAUUUUGUUUGUGACUAAAGGAGUUAAGUCUACUACUUGCAGGUACUGAACUAGUGAAUGUGCUCCGACCUGUCUUGACAUGUUUGACUUGGCUCAAUGACGUACACUUCCUUGUUGUUAUGAUGUGUGUUGUGAUAACAAUAAGAGCUACAGGCUCUUUGCAGAGCA